AUGUCUACCUUCGAGAAGCAAUUGGUUAUUGAUGGCAAAGGUCACUUGCUUGGUCGUCUUGCCUCCAUCAUCGCUAAGCAAGCCCUUAACGGUCAAAAGGUUGUUGUUGUCCGUUGUGAAGAAUUGAAUGUUUCUGGUGAAUUCUUCCGUAACAAGUUAAAGUACCACGCUUACCUUAACAAGCGUUGUCUUGUUAACCCCACUCGUGGUCCCUUCCACUUCCGUGCUCCUUCUCGUAUCUUGUACAAGGCUAUUCGUGGUAUGGUCCCUCACAAGACUGCUCGUGGUGCUGCUGCUUUGGACCGCAUCAAGCUUUUCGAAGGUGUCCCUGCUCCUUAUGACCGUGUCAAGCGCAUGGUUGUUCCUGAUGCUCUCCGUGUCCUCCGUCUUAAGCCCGGACGCAAGUACACCACCAUUGGUCGUAUCUCUCACGAAGUUGGCUGGAAGUACCAAGAUGUUGUUGCCAAGCUUGAAGAAAAGCGUAAGGCCAAGUCUGCUGCUUACUACCAACGCAAGACUGCCCUUGCUGCUAUCCAAAAGAAGGCUGUUGAAUCCAAGGCUGAUGCCCUCAAGGAAGUCAAUGCUUCUCUUGCUGCUCUCGGUCACUAA